UAUAUUGUGGUUGUUGGGUUAUUAAAUACAUUUCAAGUAGGUAAAUUUGGUAUUUGGGUCGUUGUUGAACAGAGUGGCUUUUCUUUGGUAAAGCAUGUUUGAAAAUUGUGCUUUAUGAGUACCGGUACCGUACUACUGCUCUUGGGUGGUUUUGAAUUCUCACUGAAUUAGAAAUACUUGGAUGUGAUGAUUAAUGUGAACGGCAUGUUAGGUUAUAUAUAUUAAUAAUGCAUAAAAUCUUUAGUUAAUUUACUAGUGUAGUUAAUCUUCUGAAAUAAAAAUUUAAAAAAUUGGAUGUUACUGUUGUUCUUGGACCAGAAGAGCUGGACCUACACGUACCUGCUGGCAGAUGUGCGGCACAGAGAGGCUGUGCUGAUCGACCCGGUACUGGAGCAGGCAGAGAGGGACGCGCAGAGCGUUGCCCAGCUGGGUCUGAGCCUCAAGUACGCCAUCAACACCCACAUGCAUGCUGACCACGUGACGGGCACGGGCAGGCUCAAGAAGCUACUGCCAGGCUGCAAGAGCAUCAUCUCGCGGUCCAGCGGGGCACGAGCUGACCUUCACGUCACCGAUGGAGACAGCAUACAGUUCGGAGGACACAAGCUGGACGUUGUGGCCACUCCCGGGCACACCGAUGGUUGUGUGACAUACGUCUGGCAUGACCAAAGAAUGGCUUUUACGGGUGACACACUUCUGGUACGAGGUUGUGGUCGCACUGAUUUCCAAGAAGGCAACCCCGAAACACUAUAUCAUUCUGUCCACCAGAAAAUAUUCACCCUGCCUGAUGAUUUUACUCUUUAUCCGGCUCAUGACUACAAAGGACAUACAGCAACCACAGUAUAUGAAGAGAAGAAGUUUAACCCUCGUUUGACCAAGUCUCUGGAAGAAUUUGUAAAAAUCAUGGAAAACCUGAAUCUUCCAUACCCGAAGAUGAUUGAUGUAGCUGUGCCCGCCAACAGAGUGUGUGGACUUCAAUAACUGCUCUAGUCAAGCCAAGUAUCAAGAUUAUUAGUAUUGGUUAGAAACUUUAUGUAUUGCGUGAUAUCUGUGAUAUUGUUUUUUUUCUUCACAAAUAUGUUAUAAUGCAUCUAAAAAUGUAAGUAAUAGAUAGGAGCUGGAAUAUGUAGCAUUUAUUUUUGACAAAAUUAACAUCUAUUAUUUUUAUCAA